AUGGCCACCGAGCAUCUAUCCCACGACGAGUUCUUCUCGCGCCUCAAGAGUCUUUUUAACCAUCAAUCCACGUCCCUCCGUGGCUCUGUCUUCCUUACCCAAAAGCAUCUCUCUGCCUCCUCUACGAGUGAGCCCUCCAGUACAAAAGGCACCUCCGACUCUGCCCUAAAUACCGCAACGACUACAAACGACUCUCUCUCCCCUGGCCGAUCAUCAAUUCUAAUUCGUGCUUCGAAUGGCCGACAUAAAACUGCGAAAGUAAAAGCAUCAACGAUUGUACAGCCAGAAGACCUAGAGACCUUUUAUGCGAGGUAUGCAGAGCUAUGUAAGGUGGGAAUGGUGGGACUAAAGAAAAGAGAUCGAAGUGCAAGAAAAAAGGGGAAAGCGAAGGGGAAGGUUUCAAAGGCAUGA